GGCGCCCCGCCCUCCGCGGCCUUAUAGAAGGGGCCGGCACCUCGCGCGCCUCGGAGCUGCAGGCUUCCCAGAGCCGACGGCGCGGCUGCCUGAAAGCCCAGGCGCCGUGGCCAGAGGAGAGAAGUGAGGCGGCGGCUACGCCCCGCAUCAUGGAGGGCAGCCCGGCCCCAGCCUCAGUCCGGGUGGACACCGACCUUCGCCGCCGCCCGCGCCCCUUCCGCCAGCUCCCGCUGCUGCUCUCCGGGCGCCGUCCUCUCCUCACCUCGAAGCCAACAUGAAGGAGACCCGGGGCGACGGGAGCGCCCCUUUCUGCACCCGCCUCAACCACUCGUACCCGGGCAUGUGGGCGCCCGAGCGCUCCGCCGCGGCGCGGGGCAACCUCACGCGUCCCCGCGAGCCCGGCGAGGACUGCGGCUCGGUGUCCGUAGCCUUCCCGAUCACCAUGCUCAUCACGGGCUUCGUGGGCAACGCGCUGGCCAUGCUGCUCGUGUCGCGGAGCUACCGGCGCCGGGAGAGCAAGCGCAAGAAGUCGUUCCUGCUGUGCAUCGGCUGGCUGGCGCUCACAGACCUGGUCGGGCAACUGCUCACCAGCCCGGUGGUCAUCUUCGUGUACCUGUCCAAGCAGCGCUGGGAGCAGCUCGACCCGUCGGGGAGGCUGUGCACCUUCUUCGGUCUGACCAUGACUGUCUUUGGGCUCUCCUCGCUCUUCAUCGCCAGCGCCAUGGCCGUCGAGCGGGCGCUGGCCAUCCGGGCGCCGCACUGGUACGCGAGCCACAUGAAGACGCGCGCCACCCGCGCCGUGCUGCUCGGCGUGUGGCUCGCGGUGCUCGCCUUCGCCCUGUUGCCGGUGCUGGGCGUAGGCCAGUACACUAUCCAGUGGCCCGGGACGUGGUGCUUCAUUAGCACCGGGGGAGGGGGCAACGGGACUAGCUCUUCGCACAACUGGGGCAACCUCUUCUUCGCCUCCACCUUUGCCUUCCUGGGGCUCUCAGCGCUGGCCGUCACCUUCGCCUGCAACCUGGCCACCAUCAAGGCCCUGGUGUCCCGCUGCCGGGCCAAGGCCACGGCGUCACAGUCCGGCGCCCAGUGGGGUCGGAUCACCACCGAGACGGCCAUCCAACUCAUGGGGAUCAUGUGCGUGCUGUCUGUCUGCUGGUCGCCCUUACUGAUAAUGAUGUUGAAAAUGAUCUUCAAUCAGACAUCUGUUGAGCACUGCAAGACACACACUGAAAAGCUGAAAGAAUGCAACUUCUUCUUAAUAGCUGUUCGCCUGGCUUCACUGAACCAGAUCUUGGAUCCCUGGGUUUAUCUGCUGCUAAGAAAGAUCCUUCUUCGAAAGUUUUGCCAGAUCAGGCACCACACAAACAACUAUGCAUCCAGCUCCACCUCCUUACCCCACCAGUGCUCCUCAACCUUGAUGUGGAGUGACCAGUUGGAAAGCUCCUCCAAUCCUAAUUUGGGAAUUUAAACUCCAUUUAGGACUAUGGGGAUCUGAAUAACAAGACAGAAGGCUACCACACUCCAAAGCAAUCUUCUCCAAAAAUCGACAUCUGUCAAUGUUUCAAGUUUCAGCUUUGGCACUUGAGCCUCUAAGUUCAAGAUCACAAAGAGACCAGGUGUAAGGCAAUGGCAGUAGCAGAGAGACUGGAGUCUUCAAAAAUCUGAGAGAGACGAGAAUAGCUUUGAUUGGAGAUUGGAGCCGUGCUGGAGGAGAUGUGACCGAAUGACCUCUGUGUCAUCUUUGGGAAUUACUCCACACUGCCAUUAUAUCCUUGAUCAAAUGAAGUCAUUGGGAGGAUUAUAUGAGGUUCAUUAGUAUACAGUGCUUGGGGUAGUUCUUGGCUUGGCUGAAAUGGUUAAACAAAAAGACAAGUGUUAUUUCUGCCAGAAGGCUCAACGAAAAUGUCACCUCUUGAAAGGUUCCCUCACCACUGACUUCCACCCAUCUUUAUCGUCAGCCUAAUCCUUCUCUCCACUUCCUUUGCAUUACAUAUUGUAUACACCAUCAUAACAGUGUUUGUCAUAGUGUGUGUCCUCAUACUUUUCUUAUGCUUUUGUUUUCUCAGCUAUGAUGUUAGCUUGAUGGAGAGGGUGACUGUGCCUUAUUCUUGGCCCCUCAGUGCCUAACAUAGCACCUGAUACAUCAGAGACUCUAAAUAUAUGCUUGUUGAAUGAAUAAAUGAACUUAAAUUCUACUUGCUCUGCGUUUUUUAACUUACUCUAAUCUGUACCUCCACUUAGUAUUUUUACCAGUCAUGUCACUUAACAUGUAUCACUUAAACUUUAUGAUUUUGUAUGCAAAAUUAUUGAUUUUUUUGUAUCCAUAUCUUGUUUCCAAAUAGACCAUAAAAUCUUAUGGAAUAAGAAUUGUUAUCUUUUAUUCUUUGUAUGUCUCAGAGUAUUAUGUAUUAUGGUCAACUAUCAUUGUACUGUUAAGAGAAAAGCUUAAUGAAUAAAUGCACAAGUGGACUUCAGGAUCAUUGGAGAGAAGGCUCAUUAUACAUUUUUGAGGGACUAAGUAAGUGAUGAUGUCAGAAUAUAAUUACUAGUGUUUUAGAGAAAGCAGAGAGAACCCACGAACACUAGCCAGAGAGAUUUUGGAAUGCUCUCAGAAUGACGAGGGAAAGUAGGAAUCCCAAUAUCAUUUCAACACUCAAGACUGUUCAUCAAAACUUAGCUUAUGCCUGCUUAUUAAAGGGAAGAAUAGAAGGAGAUUGAUUCUAGAAUCAGAUGUGGACUCUAGUGUUUUCCAGAAACUGACAUUGGAAUAGUUAGGCAAAAUCAUGAAAGAUAUAAAGAAUUCAAUGGGAUGUCAUUAUACUGUCUAGAUGAGUUAUGACCCAAAUACAGGAAGAAUAUAACAAACAGAGAGGAGCUCCUUCAAGUUCCUAUAUACAGGAACUUAGAUAUUUGACAAAGCUCUUAUACAUGGGAAGACAUUUAAAUAUCUCACCUGGCAAACGAUGCAAAAUCCUAUCAAGGAACAACAGCCUGGAGUUGGGGGUGGUGGUGCAUUCAGGUCUCUGUUAGUGGACGAACGAUUUAGAUAUGUAUAACUUGAACUUGAAGCACACAAGUGGUAAGACCACCCCUGUUGGAGAAUGUAUUCAUUUUCUAAAUUGAUUUCUAACAAAUCACCACAAACUUAGCAAGUUAAAGUAAAACAAAUUUAUUAUCUGGCAGUUCCUAAGGGGGACUCUGGAUGUGGGUUGGCUGGAUCUUCUGCUCAGAGUUUUAUCAGACUGAAAUCAAGACUGAAAUCAAGGUGUCAUCCAGGGCUAUGACCUCCUUUCAGACUUGAAAGUCCCUUUCCAAGGCCAGCAGGAGAGUACUCUCACUGCUUCUGGCUUCUUUUAAGGCUCACCUGAUUAAAUCAGACCUGCCUGGGAAAUUCCCCCCCUUUGAUUAACUUAAAUUCAUUCCAUCUGGAAAUUUGUCACAUCUGGGAAAUUCCUUUUGCCAUGUAAUGUAACAAUUGUAAGAGUAAUAACUCCUCAUAUUCACAAAUUCUACCCACACCCAAGGGGAGGUGGUUAUAUAGGUUGUGCACACUAGGGGGCAGAAAUCUUAAAGGUCAUGUUGGAAUGCUGUCUACCACAGAGAGAACUGACUUAGGUAAAUAGAUCUCAAUGUGUCCCAACAGAUACAUUGUCCCAACAGAUAAGGGUCCAGUCAUGUCCUGUUGAUAUUUCUGGUAUUUAAGAAACCCCAGAAAAUUGAGAAGGCAUCUCCUAAAAUUACUUUAGGAAAGUAACAUCAAAAUUAAUGGGGCGAUAGCAUUGUGUCCUUAUCUUUUAAUGAUAGCAAAAUUUUGUUUUAUGAAUAAGAAAACCAAAAUAUAAAAGCAUUAAAAUAUUUGUCUUUAGGAAUCUGUGCUUAUUUUGAAGUUUAAUUAUUUGUACUGUUCAAGAAAAUUAGACCUAUUAGAAUAAGAGAUCAAUCUUACAAUUCCAAGUUAAAAUGAGUAAUUGAUUCAUUGCUUUAGACUUAACAUUUCAGAUUGAAAUUUCAUUUGAAACAUUUAAGAGAAACUGAAGUUCACCAUAUCUAAAAACUAAUUUAUUAGAUUUAUAAGAAUUAAUUAAGUUAUUGGAAAGAUUGUUAAGUCACACAAUGUACUUAAAAGGAAAUAAAAAUAUAGCAUAUUAAUAAAUGUGGCUAGAUAUUCAAAGAAUUUAAUUAAGUUGUAAAGUAUUCCUUCAAAGUAAUUAUUAAACUUGCUAAAUUGAUAAGUUUCUUAAUUCAAUUUAUAAACUAGCAUACAAGCUUAAGAAAAACAAGGGUUUCAAAUUAAUUGAAUACUAAUUUUGCACCAAAAUAAUCUUGAAUAGUUCUUUUCUAGGCACAAAAAUUGAUUUCCAUAACGUGAAAAUACACACAAGUUUCAGUUCUGCUAUGAUUUUUGUCAAGUCACUUAACUUCUCUUAGCCUCAGUUCCUCAUCUGCAAAACGAGGACGUGGGUCAUCUUGUUAACUUGCAGAGUUGCUGUAAAGAGUAAAUGAGAUAUUUUGCAUAAAGUGGUUGGCACAUGUUAAGCUCUCAAUAUUGAGAGCUUAAGGGGAAAAAAUAUGAUUUUUCUCCUAAAUAUAAGGGCAAAGGUUUUGUUUAGUCUAUCCGUACCAGGGACCUUUAAAGUUUAAUCCUCCAUAUACCUUCUUAGAUAACAAUUAGUAUGUUAUUUUACCAAUAACGUUUGGAGGAUUAAUUUUAAUGCCCAAGGCAAUACAGUUACUUGUGUGAAACCCCAGAGGCGGUUGACCACACCCUUCAAAUCUUCACCAGAAAGUCAAUGUAGGAAAGUAAUAGCAAACCAGUGUCCCAUUUCAGUUUUUAAAAUUGGAGGCACAGAGGACAAAAAGUAAGUAUCAGGCUCCAGGGACUUUAUGCAACCAGUGUUUCUGUGCCAGUAUCUGGGGCCAAAUUACUGGAACGGGAUAUAAACUCUAGGGGAAGGGGGAAGUUAGUAUUCCCUCUAGGCUAAUAGUCGCCUGGUGAAAUGUUGCCGUAUUUGUGUCAGAAGGAACAGAGGAAUGCAGUGCUGUCUGGGCAGAGUGCAAACAGAAAAUCCAGAGGAGAGUUGACACAAUCACUCUACAUGACUUAGAAUGUAUUGUAGUUGAUACGGCCAAUCCACUGUUACUGCAUUCCCAUAUUUAGGGGCUAAACAUGCUAUUUCAAGGGGGGGAAAGCAUAAAAUUAAUUAUUCUGAGCACUUAUAAAAAUCUUCAAAUAUGUCUAAUCUCUUGGGAAAAAAAGGCAACGAUUUUUGAUGUGUAGGGGAGGAAAAUUUUUUUCUUUUACCCUUCUAGGUUCCUUUGGCUGGUCUAUUAAUUAAAUUGACAUAGGAAAACUUAGCAGGAGAAAGACAAAUUUAAUUGCAUAUGGGAGUGCCAUAACAAUAUGAGACCCCCAGACAGUCAGGCAACUAAGGCUUAUUGACAUCUUGAGCUAAGAAGGGGGUAGGUGUCUGAGACUUUAAAGGGGAGAAAGACAAUUCACAGGAAAAUGGGAAGAGCAAAUGUGUGGUAAACAGAUGUUUGCCAUGCAAAGUAAAGAUAAUAGGACACAGAAAGUUUACCAUACCUGUCCCAUAUUCCUUGUAGUUUCAUCUGGUGAUUUGUUCUCUUCUGGGACCAGGCCCUCUAUCUAAAUUCUUUUAGGCAGCUAAGGGGAUGGUAAAAACUCUUCCUUGAGUCUUUUGGGACAUCAUUGACUACAGCUCAAAGAAUCUACCUGACUAUGUAGCACAUUUUGGGGAGGCUUGUUGUGAACCCCUUCAGAUGAUAACUCCAGGGGGAGAACAAACACAAAUACAGAAAGGUACAUCUGUGAGAGAGAGACAGGCAGAGAGACAGAGAGAUGGGAGGAGUAGAGGAACAGAGAGAGACAGUCUCAGAAAAAGAAAGCAGAGAGAGAACAGAUUCCAAGAGAAACUGAGAGAAGACACACAGAGAAAACAAACACAAAGAGGUGAUAUUAAAAUAGAGAGGCCUCACACUGAGAGCUGAUGAGACAAAAAGAAUCUGAAAAAUACAUAUAUAUAUAAUUUUCAAGGCCCCAAGAAAGCAGUCAGAGGACCAGGGAAGGAAAAAGAAAGAAAGGAAGAUAACACAGGGCAACAUUCAAUUUAGUCAAUAUUUAUUGAGUGCCCAUGGGGAACAUGGCAACCUCCUGGAACUUAAGUGGAAAUAAAUUCAAUUUUCUCCUGUUCUGAAGGGUGGGGAGGUUCAAGUCUAUGGAAUUGCCUUGGGGCAGAGAAGGUAUAAAUACGGACAGGUCCAUAUUGCGCUUUGCUUCUAGAUGGCUGGCCCAGCAAUUCUGUGCCUUCUGGGGUGACCUGAAACUUUCUCUUCUCCCAGUUCCACGAAGGAAAAACAAAUAUUUAAGGAGAAACAGAGAUGAAAGCAUUAUAUUGUUGGUUUUCUUUUAUACUUGUGAUAUCAGGUCUAAACAAGUGUUACUUAGUAGUAACACCAUAUUUGCUAGUUAAACAUAAAAAUCUAGAAUCUAUAUAUUUAAAAAGAGAAAUGUUAAAAAUUAUUUAAAAAGACUGAAUCAGAGGCCACUUUCAUUAGUCUCCCUCCUUACCAUGUCCUGACAUAUAUGAUAAUGUGAAGUAUUUUUUUUUAUAAAAUUUUUUUUCAAUGUUUUCAUUUAUUUUUGAGACAGAGUGAGACAGAGCACGAGCAGGGGAGGGGCAGAGAGAGAGAGAGAGACACAGAAUCUGAAGCAGGCUCCAGGCUCUGAGCUGUCAGCACAGAGCCUGAUACGAGCUCGAACUCAUGGACUGUGAGAUAAUGACCUGAGCCGAAGUCAGACGCUUAACUGACUGAGCCACCCAGGUGCCCCUGUGAAGUAUUUUUAAAGCAAAUCUCUCUUUAUUUCAAACAUCUCAGCCUAGAAAAUAUUUCUUAGGAAUAUCAGAAUACACAGACACAUAUCUGAUCGAAAUGUCUCCAAAAGACCUGCGGAGAGGGAAAUGUCUGUCACAUGACUCAUGGUAUCCAUCACACAAAAAUAAACCAGAGGUUUAAGAGAAAUACUACUAUUCCUGGAAGUGGGUUCUAUAAAAUAGACUUUCAAGGAAAAGACACAGUCAUCAAAACUCAUUAUACCUUAUCAGCAAACCCACACCAAUUCAGACUAACCCAUCUGAAAAACCUAAAAAACAAAACAAAACAAAACAAAACAAAACACAUGUGGCAGAACAAUUUAUGGGAAUAUUAGCUUACCUUUAUUCUUCCUAUAUUUUCCUACCUCACAGCUAAACAUUUGUUAUUUCUUAGCCUCUGGUAUUUUUUCACAGUGGAAAACAGAAGAUGCUUAAAGUAAAGGGCUCUUUGUGAUGUGAAGUGAGAGCUUGUUCAAGAAAUUAUGCUACUAUUACCCUGAAGAUGACAGUAGACAGGAUUUUGAGAAACUCAGGAAGAGGUCAAAGUCAAGACCCACACAUUGUUCAGUAGCAAAAAUAGCAUUCCAGGGAGGUGGCCCAUGGCAGUAGGAAUGUCUCUUCGAUAUACCACGAGAGUGGCACCCUGGACACCAGAUUCCAAACUUCCAAACUCCAAAGAUGCCCUUUGAUGCCUCAAAUGUGAGAUGGAGCAAGAGAAUGGCCAGAUCAGAAGGAUUGGAUUCUAGUCUGGAACAGUGAAGAUCACACUGGGACUCAGUAAGUAGACAAAUGACUGUAUCUCAGAUGAUGUAGUACUGACUACAACUAACUGCAGGACCACACAGCACAGCUUCAUGGUAUGGUGUGUUCCAGUAGUGACUCGAAUUGAAUUUUCUUUUUUUUUUUUUAAUUUUUUUUAACGUUUAUUUAUUUUUGAGACAGAGAGAGACAGAGCAUGAAUGGGGGAGGGGCAGAGAGAGGGAGACACAGAAUCCGAAACAGGCUCCAGGCUCUGAUCUGUCAGCACAGAGCCCGAUGCAGGGCUCGAACUCAAGGACCGCGAGAUCAUGACCUGAGCCAAAGCCGGCCGUUCAACCCACUGAGCCACCCAGGCGCCCCUGAAUUUUCUACCACCCUGGCAAAACAAGCUUAGAGAACAAUUUGGGUUAAUUUUAUAAAAAUAAACAAAUGAGGUAUUUUAUAUGUAUCUGUAUUUGUGAUCUGGGUGUCAUACCUGCCAUGCAAACUUUGGCAUCACAUAGAACUAGGGCUGGGUAACCCUUGGGCACUUUACUCAAUUUCUCGAAGUCUCAGUUUUCUCCAUCUGUAAAAUGGAGAUAAAAGUAGAACUUAAUUUAUAAAUUACUAUAAGCAGUGAAGAUUAAGUGCACAUAAGGUUCGGUGCCUGGAACAUAAUAAGUAUUCAAUAAUGGUUGCUAUUUUUAUUCAGUUUGAAAAAUGAGUCCAUCAGAAGUGAGACACAAAGCUUUCAGCCAUUGUACAAACACAACUAUUGCAAAGAGGGAAGCACCAUCGGUUAGGCACACUGUUCACAAGAUGAAAACAAGUUAUUAAUAGUUCUUCAAGAGAAAUACACUAUCCCUUGCUGGAAAAACAAUAUGAACACAUGGCCAAGAAAAACAACCAUUCCUCACAACUUUACCAACAUGAGGCCAUACCCACUCAUAGCAGCAUGUCCAAUAAACUUCAAACCCAUGGAAAAGAACAAUCGAAGCAAUUCAAAAUACUUAAUAUGGCAAUGGCUUUUCAAAAGUCAACUGCUACCCUUCUCCUCUUCAUUUUUUCCCCUCCCUUCCUCCAACACAACCACAUCAGAGGCUACAGAUAUUUAUAAUUCUCUGAGUGACUAACUGUGACAAACUUUUAGCAAGAAGGCUAUGGAACUUGAUAGAAGUAUCUUAAUAUGACAGGUAUACUUCUCCAAUGGAACAUUGGGAGUAGAGAGCAUAUUUAACUUUUGAUAAACUAAAAUAGCACCUUAAAAAUUGAAUGACUCCACACAGGGACUUAAGAGUAGAGCCAGUUUCAGGUCAGAUAAGGCUCCAGCUACUAGGUAAUCAGGUGUACGUUUAUGUUAGAAAUCUUAGCUUGACCUCACUGUCUAUUCAUUUUUGCAUGCCUCUAUCCUGCCCAGAUCAUUUGGAACUAAUCACUCAUCUCCGGUCUGUGACUUAAUGGGCCCUGGUGGAAAAACCAUUACUUCACAGUUCAAAAAAUAUUUCUUGAGCUUUUGUAGGAUGAGGGAGGAUCAGGACCAGUGGCAGACAUACGAUUGCAAAGGCAGGUUGGGCAACUGCACAGGGCUUUGAACAAUAUGCUAAAAAGAGGUGAUGUGAAUAGAGUUGUUCCUUAGACAUACCUGAUGAGGUAAGGAGAACACAUGUAUGUGAGAGAGCAUGGAGGAUGAAAAGGUAACUAGAAAUCCAAUAAGCUAUUCAGAACAGAGACACUGAGGCAGAAAUAAGCGCAACCACCUUCGUCCUGUUGCCAGGGUGAAAUAAAAAAGUCCAAGUUUGAGUUCUGGUGCCUUCACAAAGGGCCCUGUCUUGGAGUCUCAGCCUAUGGGAACACCUUAAGUACUGCCAGUCUGAUUGAGCUGCUAGUGCCCUCUAGUGGUGGCCCACAUGAUGGCCAUAAGCUUGUGAACCAUCCAAUUCCUGACCCAUUUCCCAAGUACCCACCACCACGUGCUGGCUUCUGUGAUAGCCGCUAGAGCCACAGAUCUUCAAGACAUUGGUUUUCCACUGAAGAAGCUCAAAGUUUACGAUGUGAGACACAGAGAUGAACACAUCAGAAUCAUAGUCAGGGCAAAAAAAAAAAAUGUGGAAUCACAAACUGCAUAAAACAGAGUUCCUACAGAAGAGAGAUGAUUAACUUUUGGGUCUGGGGGCUUUGAUGGUGGUUUGAUGUCUGGGUUGGCAGUGACAAAGGCCUCCUGGAAGAUGUGAUUGGGCUCUGAAAGAUUAGUAGGACUUCAUUAGGCAAUCAAUAUGAGAUGAGUUUUCUAGGAACAGAGAUCAACAGGGGUUACUUGGAGAAUUGCGAGUAAUUGUAAUUAGGAACAUCGAAUGGGAAUACAGUUAGAUAGAUUUUCUACUGGCCCAUUCUGAGGGAAACUAAAUGGUACUCAGUGUUUCCCAAACUGUUCCAUUCAACAAACAUUUAUUAAGCAUCUUCUGUAGGCAAUGGAUUCAAUAUUAUUUUAGUCCUCAGGAUGCUUACAGUCAAGCAUUAAGACAAAUUUAGACAGAAAUAUGAAGGGAUAGUUUCUAUAAAGAGCAAAUUAUACACAAGUAGCAGUUGGUAGCAAAGAACAGAAGGAUUUAUAUUGAAAGAGGCAAUCAAGGAAGCCUUUCCAAAGUAGGAAACACGACGUGAGCAUGAAAUGAAAGAACACACAAGCAGGAAUUUGCCAGAUGGUAGUCCAUGGGGAGGUUGUUUCUGGAAUGUGUGAUGCACUGGCUGAAUGUCUUCCUGCCUCUCUGGUCAUGUUUACUUUACUUCCCUGGCUCCCCUUCUUCUCACCCUGCUGUGACCAAUCCCUCAAGGUUCUGUGCUCAGCACUCAGCUCUUUGCUUUGUUCUUUCUCAAUGACUUUAUUCUCACCCAUGGCGUCCACUGUGAACUUCAAACAUUUUAUUUAAUGGAGACCCCACAUUACUGAGUGCAUUCCUUUUUACCUAGAAAGUCAUACUAUCCCUAAUGACAUGAGCUGCAAAUGGAAUCCACCAUCUUGAAUGUCUGAGAUCCUCUCCCUUGGUUGGUUGUCCCAUCCACUCUUUAGUUGUCUGGUGUAAGUCAAGAACCUUGAAAAGACCUUACUUUUUUCUUUUCUCUCCCCAACAUCCAGUGCCUUUCCAAGCUCUGCAGAAUUCAUACAUCCUUUUCUUUUUGUGUCCACUAUUACUGCCUUAUAUUAGUCCCAUAAUCUCUUACCUGGCUGAUUGCAGUGGUCUCCUAAUCGGUCUUUCUGCUUCUAGCUUACCCCUCAGUUUAUCUGCUUCACGAUAUUUCUAAUAAGCAAGUCUGAUCUUGUAUUAUAUACCAUCCACUCCUCCUGCUUACAAUGCUUCCGUGUUUCCUACAGCCUUCAGAGUCAGGUCUCAGCUCCUUAGGGUGAUAGACAAACCUCUCCUUCUAACCUCUUUAGCACCAUUUGCUGUCCUCUGCUUCAAGGAAUUUUCCAGGAAUUCCAAAUUUAUUGUAGGCCCUCCUAAACAUCACGUUAUUUCAUAUUUUCCUGCCUUGAAAAGCUGUCAUCUAGAGUGGUCUCCCCAUCAUGUUUCCCACAUGGAAAACUCCAAUUUAAUCCCCCCAAACUCAGUUUCACGUCACUUCCCCUCAUUGAGCCUUUCCUGGACCCUCCCUUUUUGAUAGAUAACCACUUUCUUCUUUGGGCUACUUACUGGACCAUGUGUGUACGUAUAUUAUGAUGUCGUUUUGUGACCAUCUGUUUACCUGUCUGUGUUCCUUGCUUCAGGCUGAAGGAGCAAUACAGCAGGGUAAUUAAGAAACUGGAACUGAAUCCUAGCUCUGCCACUUAUCAGAGUGAAUUUACUCUUGUGAAGUUGUUUUCAGGUUAAUGUGCCUCAAGUGCUUUGAACAGUGUCUGCCAUAGAGUAAGUGUUAUGCAAAAGUUUGCUUUAAUUUUUUUUUAAUUUUUAAUUUUUAUUUUUUUCAAGUGGCUGGCUGCCCAGUGUGGAGCCCAACAUGGGGCUUGAACUCACAACCCUGAGGUCAAGACCUGAGUUGAGAUAAAGAUUGGACACAUAAGCCACUCAGACAUCUGAGCCACCCAGACACCCCUGUUCUGAUUUUUGCCCAUGAAACUAUGUCUUAUUCAUCUCCAUUUUCCUAAAGUCUAACACAGUAUAUGGGACAAAUGUUUGUUGAGAGAAGGAAUGAAAAUCUUUGGUUCUUUCCUUUUCCUUGCUCAAUUAUCUAAUGAAUCCCUAAGUCCUGCUGGGUUUUCCUUUAUAAUGUCUUCUGCAUUUAAUUUUCUUUCUGUAGUUACUAUCAACAUUCUUUCAUUUAUUCAACAGAAAGUUAUCAGUAAUCAACAGUUUAAAAGGCACCACUCUGCUGAGAAUACUGCUUUGAACAAGACAAAGUCCCUCUGCUAUGGAGUCCCUCUGCUUACAUUCUAGCAGAUGGUACAGACGCUAAAUAAUAGUACAUUAAUUAUUUGAUUGUAAGUGUGAUAUGUAUCUUAACCUAGUGUUGAAGGUCAGAAAGUUUCCCUCAGAGAGGAAAUUUCACUGAUAUAUGAAAACCUAGGAGUAAAUAGCUUAAGCAUAAGGUGGUAGCAGCUGUGGUAGAGAGCAUCCAGGCAAAAGAAACAUCCUGUGGAAAUCCCUGAGUCAGGAAGAAAUUUGACACACAUAGAUUUUGAGUUCCUUGUCUGGAUUAUUACUACAAAUGCUACCUCCUGAUCUCUGUACAAGAUGACCUUCCAUACAGUUCUAGAAUUACACUUUCUAUCAUGUUGAUUCCCUGCUCAGAAAACUUCCAUGAUUCUCUGUUGCCUCCUGAAUGACAUAUUAAUUCCCCAGUUGUUUCUCAUGACCCAGUGCAAUAUGGGCUCUAGUAAUGGUCCAGUUUUUUCUCUCAUAAGUCAUCUACAUUUAUAUUCAGCAAUAACCAUCAUGAACUAUUUGAUAAUCCUGCACAUUCCUUAUUUUUUGUUACUUUCCCACAUUUAUCCAUGUUGUUAUAGUCACUAAAAUGCCUUUCUUUUCUAUUCCUAUCCAUGCUUUUAUUUCUACAAAACAAUAUUUACUUGUUCUUUGUGUGACAUGCUUUGGUAUUUUCUAUUCUAGUCUAUUUUAUUCUAUUUCAGUUUUUAAAACAAUCAAGUAGUAACUUACCAAAGUGAUUUCACAACCCACUAAUGGAUCUUAACCCACAGUUGAAAACUGCCCUAAAUAGACUUUAAGAUUUUUCCAUGAUUCUUGAAUGAGGUUGGCUUUAGUAGAUUCUAAGUUUUCUUCCAGCAGUAGAAUCCUCUAACUCAGUUACAUCUUGAAUUUUGGGCACCUGUAUUCUCUCAAGAUGGCAUGGUAAAAUUCUGCAUGAACACAUGAUGAAUGGGGGAGCUAAUCAUACAGAGCCAAGGAACCCUGAAGAUACUUGGCAGUGCAUCUUAAUUUGUAGGACAUGUCACACUUUGCUUUUCCAAUACUGGCAAUGUUCUGAACUGAAAUUGCUAAUUGUAUUGAGCUGUUCCAAAUCAUAUACUGGGCAAAGAUGAACAUGGAGGAGAAUUUCCAGUUGUAACUGAGAAAACAAACAAACAAACAAAAGCCACCAUUAGCAAGUAAAUCCAUGGCAAUUAGAUGCAACUGUAGUUCAUAUUAUGUACUAAAUAUACUUUUGUGGAUAGACUGCUCUAUAACUGCCCAAGGGGAAUACUUGAAGCUUUUGUAAUAACCACUCCUCAAAGAAUCUGUUUUUCUUUUUUUUUUUAAUUUUUUUUAACGUUUAUUUAUUUUUGAGACAGAGACAGAGCAUGAACAGGGGAGGGGCAGAGAGAGGGAGACAUAGAAUCUGAAACAGGCUCCAGACUCUGAGCUGUCAGCCCAGAGCCUGACGCGGGGCUCGAACUCACGGACCGUGAGAUCAUGACCUGAGCCGAAGUCGGACGCCCAACCGACCGAGCCACCCAGGGGCCCCAUAUUUGAAAAAUCUGUUUUUCAAAAUCAUUUUUAUAUCAUGUUAACUUUCAGUAGACAAUUUCAGUUUUUCAGUAUCUCUUCUAUUUUAGAUUUUGCAAUGUCAACACCUGGAUCAACCUGUCAUCUUGUUAAUGUUCUUCAAAUCUUUGUCUCCAGCCCAGAGUACAUUUGUGUUUCAUUUUUUCUGUAUAUCCUACUGCCAACUGGAUGUGGCUAUAAUAAUGACCCCCAAACACCCCAAACUCAUCAAUCUAAAAUUGAAUUCAUUAUCAUCACCCUAAAUCACACCCCUCCAUCCCCCGCAUCUUACUUUGAUUAGAGAAUGACAAACCAUCUUUCCACUUAAGCGAGAGAUCAGUGGCAUCAGGCUUGACUUCUUCUUCAACUAACUUGCCAUAAUUCUUCCUGAUGUUGCACCCUAUAUGCUUCUUAAAUCUAUCUACUUCUCUCCAACCUUCCUGCCUCUACUGAUGUUCAAGUCUCCCAAAUGGUCCUCCUGCCAUCUUUCCUAACAUAUUUCACAAAGUGGCCAUUGUCACAUGUCAUUCUCUAGCUGGAAACCAUUCAGUUAACUAUUAUUCCAUUUAGGAAAGAUUCUAAUGGAAAGUACCUAAAAUUGCUUGCAAAGCCCCCUGAACUGUCCUCUACCAACUGUUCUUGUCUUGUUUUCAUUCUCCUUUUCUCUUCCUUCUCUAUAUCUCUCUGUCCAUUCUUAUUCUACCCACCAAUUACUUUUAAAAAGUUCUUUAUGUUUCAGAUACUUUUUUGGGGGGGGGUCUGCAACACUCCUUUUUUACUAGAGAGCUAUUAUUACUCUUCCCUCAAGGCACAUCUUAGAUAUCCCAUAGAAAACAUUCCUGGAGUUUUCUAAGUCCAGGCUUUGGGGUCCUCCUGUCCUCCCUUAGUUCCCUAUUGCUCACCAUUAUGCUAUAUUGAAAUAACCUGUUCACUUCAGUCCAAUAUUGUGAUCACAGAAAUUAUUCAACAUCAUAUCUCUAUUGCCUAGUACAUAACAGGUGUAUGAUUAAUAUUUCUAGAAUGAACAAAUAUCUUCUGAUUUACUCUCUGUCAAGUGGUAAAGAGACUCUCCUUUGGGAGGGCCCUAUGGUGUCAGCCAUGCAGGUAACUUGGGAGAUAAGUUUAUGCAACCCUGGGAUAAAGUAUUGGAAAACUAUUUUGAUUGUAAAUGAUGACUUAAGUCAUGACUUAGGUCAUGAUCUUUAAACAGUAUCAGUAGCAUACCUUACUUAAAGAAAUGUCCAUAUAUUUUAUGUGUCUAACUUUACAAACUCAGGAAUGGGUAAAAAGGGGAGGGUUAUUUUUGGCUCCAUAAAAUCCCAGUAUUUCAGGUAAUCUCUUUUCUCUUUCAAAAAAAUUUUUUUAAUUAUUUAUUUUUUUU